AUGGGUACCAAGCGAGCAGCCCCACCCCUGCCAUCAGCGACCCAAGCCCGCCGCGAACAGUCCGCGGACCUAGAAGCCGAAGAGGAAGAGGCAGAUCAACGACGGGGCAAUGAGGUAGAAUUGGACGAGCUCUACGGGACAAUCCGCUCUGAUGUCGUGGGUAUCCAGUACUAUCGUGGCCUCGUCGGGCGCGGCGAGUACGUCAUGCUCCGACGCGAGCCGACCAACCAAUACGACAAGAAUGCCAUUCAGGUGGUAAACGGUGCGAGCCUGCAGGUCGGACAUAUUCCUCGCGGAGUCGCUCUCAAGCUCGCCGGAAUGAUGGACGACGGACUCCUCAUCGUUGAAGGGCGGAUGAUUGGCCAGAACCUCGACAUGGCCAAGCGCUUUGUAUUGCCUAUCGACAUCAACAUUUACGCCAAGCCCAGCCUCCGUGAGGUGCUCGACCCCGAGUUGACCCGCGCGUUUGGGAGCGCCUUCAAUCGUCCUCCUCCUAUCCCCGCAGUCAUUCCGGUGGCUACUCAGCCCAUUGUCGCCCCUUCGCAGGGGAAUAUCCGACCCCCACCCGGCGCCGGCCCCAGUCGCGCCGAGCUGGAAAAGGCGCAAGAACUUAAACGACUCAUGGACGGAUUGAGCAAGGUCAAGAAUGAUGAUCAGUCGCAUGGUAUUAUGGACGCACUCGUCAAGGACAUGGACGUGAUGGGGCUUCCCCUCCAUCCCGACCCGCCCGGACUCGCCAAAGGCAAUCUUCACGUCAAUCUGUUGCCUCACCAGUCGCAAGCCCUCCAGUGGAUGAUUGAGCGCGAGAACCCCAAGCUCCCUGCGGUGGGCGAACCACCCGUGCAAUUCUGGUCUAGACGCGCCCAAGGCGGUAGGGAGCAUUGGUUCAACAUGGCUACCCAGUCUCCUCAAACAGAGACUCCAGUUUUGGGCCGGGGCGGUAUCAUUGCCGAUGGAAUGGGUCUAGGCAAAACCCUGACCACUCUCGCACUAACCCUUGCCACCAAAUCCGAGCCACUCGCAGCAGGCGAAGCGAAUGCAACCCUCAUCGUGUGUCCGCUGUCUGUGCUCGGCAAUUGGGAGAAGCAAAUCAAGGACCACGUCGUCAGCGGCAACUUGAGCGUCUACACCUACCACGGCGCGACCAAAGGCAUCACCGCAGCCAAGCUUGCCAAGUACGAUGUGGUCCUCACAACGUAUCAGACCGUCGCUACCGACAUCACUGGCAAGGUCGACCGCUCCAAGCAGUAUUACGACUCGGACGACGACAACAAGUCCUCGCAAAAAGGCAAAAAGAAGCAGAAGACCGCGUCCAAGAUAUUGUCAACCGUGCAAUGGAGGAGGAUCGUCGCCGACGAGGGUCACGUCUUGAAAAAUCCAAAGUCACAUAUGACCCAGGCGUACGCAGGACUCAAAGCGGCUCGUCGCUGGAUCUGCACUGGCACACCAAUUGUCAACUCCCCCGCGGAUCUCGGCUCGCUCCUCACCUGCAUCCAAGUCUGCAAGCCCCUCGACCAAGCGAACUUUUUCAAAUCCAUCCUCCUCCGCCCGCUCAAAGCCGGCGAUCCCAUGGCCGCCAACACCCUCCAAGCCAUUGUCGGCCAGAGCCUGCUUCGCCGAAACAAGGACAGUCGAAACGCUCGGGGAGAAAAGCUGGUCGAGUUGCCUCCGAUUGACUUCUUCGAGUGCAUCAUCCCCCUCGACGAGGAGACCAGGGCGUUGUAUGACGAGAUCAGCGACGUCUCCCGGUCCAGAUUCAACAAUACGCUUCGAACCGGAGAGGGACGCGGCAGUGUUCUAGCUAUGAUCACCAGACUCCGACAACUCUGCCUCAGCAAAGAUCUCGUACCGCAGUCCUUCCUGGACGAGAUGCGAAACCCGACCCCAGCGCAAGGGGAAGCCGUCUCGGCCAUGUCCAUUCCCGAGGAGCAACGCCAAGAGAUCAUCAACAAGCUCAAGGUCGCUUUAGCGGACGCGGAAGAAUGCGCGAUCUGCUCCGACACCAUGGCCCGAGACGAAGCUCGGAUCACCGAUUGUGGCCAUCCCGGCUGUAUCGGCUGCUUAUCCGCGUGGUUGGUCAAAGCCUCAACGUGUCCGAUCUGCAGGCACUUCAUCACGCUUGGAUCGCUGUUUGCGCUCCCCCCAGACGAGUCUGACUACAUCGAACCCGCUCAGGAGGUCAAACCUAUCAAAUCGGCCAAGAUUGACGAGCUCUGCAAAUACCUCACGUCGUUCCAUUUGACCGAAAAGUCCUUGGUGUUUAGCCAAUUCACCGGCUUCCUAAAUCACGUCGAAGCCGCACUUGAAGAAGCGGGCGUAGCUUGUUGCCGAUUCGACGGCAGCAUGCCUCAACGAAAGCGUCAACAAGUCAUCGACAACUUUCAGCGUCCCCGCGACGCCACGGACGACGAGUCUAAUCCUCAAGUCAUGCUGAUUUCGCUCAAGUCCGGGGCUGUCGGUUUGAACUUGACCGCAGCUUCCAACGUCUUUCUGCUGGGCCAAAAGAAAGAUGUCCGAGUCUUCCAGCUCAUCGCCGAGAAUACGAUCGAAUCCAAAGUCCUUGACAUCCAACGGCGAAAGGACGACCUAGUCGCGACCGCAUUCGAAAAGACGUCAAAAGAGAUUGUGCAAACCAAGAAGAAGGGAAAGUUUGAGGAUCUGCGAGAGUUGUUUGGAGUGGACCCGAGUCAAAAGGUGGCGGAUUAG